AUGGAAAAGGCCGACAGCUUCGAGCUGCGCGUGGUGCUUGAGAGCGGCGACUACUUCUUGUACCAGAACCCCUCCAAAAGUGUGUGCAUCGGGUUUGCAGGUUGCGCCGGCUGGAACAACGCCAAGUCCGUCGCAUGGAGAAACCUCCCGGCUCAUUGGAGCGUCGACUUCUACCAGAAAGACGGCUGCAGCGGCGUGACCAACGGUGACGUCUACUCCUGGACUGAAAACGAGGCAGGGGACGGUGCGCACUCCUUCAAGACGCCGCAAGCUAUUCGAUCCAUCUACGCGCGGCCGUUGUGGUGCAGUAUCCCUUGGAGUGUCGCUCGUCAGUGCGUCCAGCCUCGCCAUCCUGCCAAGCGAGCCGAGGCCACGUCGCUGGUCGGCAGUGAGACAUCGAGUGGUGCGGGUGACGACGUCAAUGCAACCGAGCCGACUGUCGUUGAGUCUGUGGAUGAGGGCACCUCAUCGAACUGGUCCGAGCCGAUUAAGGAGUCGAAGUAUUGGGCGAUCAUGAACUUGGUACUGGGAUGA